UAAACCACCGGUACUCGUACCUGCAAUUGCUCGCCUGGUGACUUUAAUAAGGAAUGCUCGGGCACAGUGUACCCGAGUUCGAGGAGUACGGUACGGCAAGCUUGAAACCCGAACCCCAAUCGUACGAUCCAACACUCAGAACUAACCCGGAUGCCGGUUUUGGUAUAGUGGGGGGGGGGGAGCGAAAUGCCCAUCGAUUCCCUCUUUUGCGUUGAACUGAGAAUUUUCACACCUAGUCUGCUUUUCGGUUUCUGCUCUCUCGAGUGGGAAGCAAGGGAAGAAAGAGGGAGUGAGUGAAGCACCGGAGUUGGCAACCCUGUCACCUAAUUACCAAAUCGUCUUUCGGCAGGUGUACGAGUACGUAGGCCGUGGAGACCGAUUAACCGGAACUGGUAGGGAUAUAUCUGGCUUGUUAACCCCAAAUACAGUAGUUGUUCCAUGGUCUAACUUUUUGUCGGGCCUUGGACUCAUAUCUAUCAAUCUAUCAAUAUCUCUGUCAGGCUACUCAUUCGCUCCUAAAUCCCCAAAACACUCACACCUCUCUCUCCUAGGAGUGACCUCUCGGGUGGCCUACAGGUAUUUGCAUCUUAUCACCCUCAUCACUUCGCACUCUCAGCGGUCGUAUUAUCUCGAGUACCGUACUUACUCAUUUCAUACCCGUUUCCACUUCCGGAGACGCGCUCGGAAGAUCGUCUUGCUCAAAGAAGGCAAAGGAAUAAUGUGGCCCGAGAGGAAAAACGAUAAUGAUAAGACUAGAGCAAUGCCCCCCCCGGUACCGUGCAGACUUAGUUUGUCUCGUCUGUGGGCUUCUAGCCGGGCGGAAACAGCACCUUAUCAAAGCCGAUGCUUAUCGAAUGAACCUGUGGCGGUGAUGUUUAAAACAGAUAAAUGUAUGAUCAAAAGGGAAGUCAAUCACUCAAUCAAGUCCCGUGCACUCGAGUAG